AUGGCUUUUAGGCCAACGUCCGCUCGCUUCCUACAGCUCACACGCGGUUUGCUUCACGAGAACCCCUUGGGUCUUCCGCGAUCAGGAACACCGCCCACAUGGGGGAAACGACCACAGAAGCGAAAGAUCGCCGGCGUUGACAAGGUCAUCGCAGUGUCCUCGGCUAAAGGCGGAGUCGGCAAGAGCACAAUCGCUGAGCUUACAAUUCGAAAAGCAAACUUAUCGUUAGCAUUCGCGCGAAAAGGUCUACGUGCGGGAAUCCUAGAUGUCGACAUCUUUGGACCCUCGAUACCGACCUUGUUUGAUCUCUCAGGAGAACCGCGUUUGUCAAGUAACAACCAGCUCGUGCCCUUGACCAACUAUGGCGUAAAGACCAUGUCCAUGGGGUACCUUGUUGGAGAGAAUGCCCCAGUGGUCUGGCGUGGGCCAAUGGUCAUGAAAGCUGUACAGCAACUCUUGCAUGAAGUUGACUGGGGAGGUCUGGACAUGCUUGUUCUGGAUCUUCCUCCGGGGACUGGCGACACACAGCUCACCAUCACACAGCAAGUCAUCCUAGAUGGCGCUGUCAUAGUUACCACGCCGCAUACGCUGGCGACCAAGGACGCCGUCAAGGGCAUCAACAUGUUCAAGACGGUGGACGUCGACAUUCUGGGACUGGUUCACAACAUGGCGCUGUUCAAGUGCCCGCACUGCAACGGCGAGACGCACGUGUUCGGCUCGAACGAAAGGGUGGAGCGAAUGUGCAGCGACCACCACAUUGACUUUUUGGGUGACAUCCCGCUACAUCCCAACAUUGGCGAUGAUGGCGAGAGAGGCAAGCCAACGGUGGUUGCGGAGCCUACAAGCGAGCGAGCGUCAGCGUUCCUGAACAUUGCGGGGGAUCUCAUGACCAAAGUCGGCUUGAAAACUGGGUAG